CACAAGUAUGAUCGUUGUAUAAAUUUAGCGUAAUAUUUUCGGGAUGGCUGAGGGUGCGGGCACGGAAGAGCAAUUCGUCCUGCGUGUGUUGGACGAGGCGCUGGCCGACAAGUUGCACAGGAUGCUACGGGAGGAGAUUACCGCACAUGGCCACAUAGAGCUGAAUUUCUCAGACAACAACCAGGACGGCGUGCUAACCGUCGACGGCAUGCCGUACCCCGUCAAACUGCUCAAUCUGCCUACCGUCGUGGAGGCGUACAAAACGUACGAUGAUGUGAACAUGGUGAAAAUCAACGAUGUGGGACAGCUGCUGCUGGUAGGGCCCCCGGGCAGCAGUCUCCCUGAAGGGCCCGAGAGUGCGGACGGCGUCACACCCCCCAUGCGCAAUGCCCGACAGCGGCACUUCAAGACGCUGCCCAAGGUGGACCCCGCGGAGGUGACGGCGGCGGAGCGGGACCUGCUGGCGCUACUGAGUGGCUUCGCACCCGGGGGCAUGACCAUCACGGACGUGGAGGAGGAGUUUGCGGUGGAUGAGGAGACAGGGACGGGGUCUUGGAGGCCGCUCAAGAGCAAAUAGUAGGCGGGCGGGCCCCCAAGAUAAUGAAUAGGAGCACAGUUAUGGAAACGGGAAGCACGGUGGCGGAGACAGCGGCGAUGGAGGAGGAGGAGGAGGGGCGGCUAGCUGUGUGGCCGGUGUGCGUACGUAUGUGUGCACUAAAGAACUGGGAUUUAGGAAGGAUUGUGUGUGUGUGUGUGUGUGUGUGCUCGUGUGUGUGUGUCUCUGCUUAUGUGGUUUUCGUAAGUCUCAGUGCAACGGGUAUUGGGUCGGAUAUUGCAGCUUUGGAUGCUUGGACGUUGUACGGCGCAGUAUGGUUCAGUUGCGGACCGGCCGAUGUACUGUGUAUGUAUGUAUGUAUGUAUGUGCGCAAGCGCAUUAGUUAGAUAGGGUAGUGGUGUUGGUAGUCUUGAAGGUCAUGGACAGUACCGAAAUGGCACUAGAGACCGGACAAGCAAGUCCAUGUGUUCGAGGGGCGGGCCGCAGGAAGAACGGGGAAGGAGGAAGAGGGCGUGGGUACAAC